AGGGUUUGUAAUAAUUGAUUCUCACUCACUCUUUUUCUUUCUUUGAGAUUGACUCUUAGUGGUUGUAUUUACUUACUCAUCUCCUCUUACUUCUAUUUAUUGCUCCCAAUUUCCAUGUUUCAUACCCUUUUCUUCACCCAACUCAAAAGGCCAAAAAAGCCUGUAUCUUUUGUGCUUCUCUCAUCUUUGGCAAAAGGAAAAGAAAUUGAAAGCCUCAAGAUGGCAGCAGAUGUGAGUUCAUGGGCCAGGAUGUUAGAGCGCCGCCGUGAAGACGCCGCCGCAUCGUCCGCUGGCAAUUCAGAUAUUUUGAUAACCAGGGACUUGCUGGGAACCUUGUCAAAUUCUAAAAACCGAGAAAUCCAUUUUGAUGACCUUAAGUUGCAGAACUCGCCUAAUUCUCCAUUACCAUCUUCGCUAAUCUCCAAGAACAAGAAAGAAGAAGAAUCGUCAUCUUCCGCCUGUUCUUCAUUUUCAGAUUCAAAGCUUCAAGAUUUGAACUACCCACCAAGGAAUUUUUUCCUUGAUGAAAAAAGCUUGGACUUAAAGCUGCAAUCUUCUCUUUCAAGCACUAAUUCCACCAAUUACCAGAGCGUCUGCACUCUGGACAAAGUGAAAUUCGCCCUGGAGAGAGCAGAGAAAGAAACGUCGAAGAAACGCCCCCCAUGGCUGCCCGUUUCUCCACCGUCUUCCUAUUCCUCUCCGUCGAAAAUGUUUGCGACUGCGUGCCCUGGUUGCUUGCUCUACGUGAUGACCUCGUCGGCUAACCCGAGGUGUCCCCGCUGCAAUUCUUUUGUUCAGGCAGCCGCUAAGAAGCCCAGGAUUGAUCUAAACGCAGCGUUUUGAUUGUUGGUGUACGAUAAAAAAAGGAUAGAAGUCAGGACUACGGGGCAGAAAUGCAAAAAAUUGUUCUUGAUUUUAUGUAUAGUGAAAUAUAUGGAUUUAGGUUUU